AUGUCGGUAGGAAACAACAAUGUCGGAAUAGUAUUAACACUCUCUGUCGUGGUUUACGUGGUGGAGAUCAGAGAGGUAACUUUCAAGUAUUCAAAUCAUGUCGGGCAAUUAGGUAAGCUUUUGUUCGAGUUGCUAUCCGAAUCCCUUGGUCUUCCCUCCAAUUAUCUAGAAGAGAUGGAGUGUGCAAAAGGGCAUGCUCUUGUCGCGAACUAUUACCCACCAUGCCCAGAGCCAAAUCUCACUCUCGGAACAAGUAAACAUUCCGACCCCGAUUUCCUUACCAUCCUUGUACAAGAUCAGGUGGGCGGCUUGCGAGUUCUUUAUCAGCAACACUGGAUUGAUGUCCCCCCUGUGGCAGGUGCUUUGCUAGUCAACAUUGGUGAUCUUCUACAGUUGAUGACCAAUGACAAGUUCAAAAGCGUAGAGCAUAGAGUCCUCGCAAACAAGAUUGACCCGAGAGUUUCAGUGGCAUGUUUCUUCACCAUGCACCUCCACCAAUCUUCCCUGCUAUAUGGCCCCAUCAAGGAACUACUUUCUGAUGAAAAUCCGCCUGUGUACAAAGAUAUUUUGCUCACAGAUUUCGUCUCGCACUACGACUCCAAAGGUCUCGACGGACGAUCCGCUCUAAGCUAUUUUAGAUUGUAA